AUGCACCCGGCUCAACGAAUAACCUCCCAAAGUGUGCGCUAUUCCUGCGAUUGGGACGUGUCCGCGGUAUUAAGCAACUUUCAAAACCGAAACUGGGUGGAGGUCGAUCCGAGCGAUCAUUGGAAUAUAUUCUGGGCAUCAACAGGAAGUGCACUUGUAAUUGGUUAUUUGAAGAAAAUAAAUCAUUUUUCGAACCACUAUGAGUUGACAAGAAAGGAUUUAAUGGUAAAAAACAUAAAGCAAUACCGUAAACAACUUUUUAAAGCUCAAAAUCCAGUCGCGGCAGUCGACGAACACGACUUCAUUCCGACCACAUACCUACUCCCACAAGAUUACACUUUGUUUACCGAAGAAUUCAGGAGGAAUCCCCGUGCAACGUGGAUAAUCAAACCUAGUGCCAGAUCUCGUGGUGUUGGUAUAUUCAUUGUAAAUCGUCUUUCACAAAUUAAGAAGUGGGCCCGAGAAGGUCAUACUGGCAACAGAGAUGCAUUUUCCUUGCCGCAUGUGGCAUACAUCGAAAAUCCUCUUCUUAUUGGUGGAAAGAAGUUUGAUCUUCGUAUGUAUGUUCUUGUUACAUCGUUUAAACCGCUGAAAUGCUAUGUUAAUAAGCUUGGCUUCUGUCGGUUUUGCACAGUACGAUAUGACAGAAAAGACUCUGAACUGGGAAACAUGUUUGUGCACCUAACAAAUAUAUCAAUUCAAAAACACGCUGCUGAUUAUAAUAGUCGUCAUGGUGGAAAGUGGAGUAUCUUUAAUCUCAGGCUCUGGCUUGAAGGUACACGUGGAAAAGAGGUUGCUGAUAAACUAUUUAACGAGAUUUACUGGAUGAUGUACCACUCCCUUCAAUCCGUAGCGAAUGUUAUCAACAACGACCGUCACUGUUUCGAGUGUUAUGGCUAUGAUAUUAUCAUUGAUGAUACGCUUAAACCUUGGCUGAUCGAAAUAAAUGCCUCGCCGUCUCUAAGUUCAACGACUCAACUUGACAGAAUAAUGAAGUACAAGCUUGUCGACGAUGUACUAAACAUCGUCAUUCCCGACAAUCAAAUUCCAGACACAAGGAUUUCGAAACCAACUAAGGACCUUACCCUAGGAGACUUCGAAGUUCUAUAUGACGAACAGUGCGUACAAGUCGAAUCAAGCGCAGUCCUCUCUCGGACCUCAACAACACAGUCAAAAAGGCUAUAG